AUGUUGCCAGGAAUGCAGAAGUGGACAAUAUCUGUGGUUGAUCCGAUCCUACUUUUCGAAACAGUCAAUCCAUGCCAAAGGGUACCAAUCUACCCAGAAGACGAUACAUGGACACAAACCGAAUACAACGGCAUUCCUUAUAUUAGGUCGGCUUUUACCGAGUCUAGUCUACCCUGUCCUUACCAAGAUUAUUGCACGCAGUGUUUUCCUUCUUACACUACAUGGGACCUCGACAGCUAUCGUCGUCAACCUGAGAGACAAGACACGGCCAACACUGGGAACAAUUGCGGCAGUCAUUCGUACAGACACUGCGAGGAGGCCAAGACUGUCGGCGGGGUACUGCCGACAUGCCAUACACGCAAAGGCCUUACAGGCUCACUGCUAGACUCUGCGUGGUUCUCCAAACUCGCUACCGACAUCCCCAUGUGCUUGGGGUUUUCAUAG